AUGCAACACGUAUUCGGUCAGCUACGGCCCGAUACGGAUAUACUGGCGCCCGCUACUGCUGUGAAGGAUACGGAGAUGGUCUGCGCGCUCGACUCAUCCCUUAGCUAUGAGGAACCGCUCGUCUACGGCGGCGCUGCUCGGAAACCAUGGGCAUCGAUGAGUGGAGAUCCGACUACGGGGGCUAGCGGGCUGAGGAUACAAAAAGUAUCGGCUAUGGAGAGACUUUAG